UACUUACUCAGUUUCGCAACCGCGCCGCCCCCGCAGGCCGCCCGGUGGGGCCAGCCGGGACGCUGGGGACGCGGCGGUGCCCGGAGCCCGGCGGCCGCCCAGCGCCGCGCAGCCCCGCGCGUCUCCGGGCCGCGUCUCCCGUCCCGGCGCUCCCCAGGCCGCGCGCCCCGCACAGGCGGGAGGCCCCGGCUCCUCGGCGCGCCCUCUCCGCGUACCUCCCCGGCCGGGAUAGGUGAGUGUGGACGCCCCUGGUGGGGCCGCCGGGGUGCGCGAGCGCGCGGGCAGGGACACAGCCGACGGCAGGAGCCGCCCCAGUGCCGCCGCCGCCGCCGCAGACGGGCAGGAGAGCGAGACUCAGUGGGGCGCGGCGGGCUUGCGGGGCGCUGUGCGGAACGCCGGCCAAGCGCAGCGGCAGAGUUGGCGGCUGGCUCGCUCCCGCGGCCGGUGCCUCUGGGCUGGGGGCCGGGCCGGGCGGCCGAGCGGCUCCGCCCCUUCGCCGGGCAGUGGGCUGGGCGCGCGAGAGGAGCCGCGCGGGUGCGCCCCCCUCUGCCGGGUGCUCGGGUUACAGCCACCGAGCAGCGGCUCCCCCGCCCGCGCCUCGUCCGCGCUGCUGCGCCAGGAGAGACAUUGUAACGGAACUGGGACGCCAGCGCUGCAUUGUGGGAGUUAUUAAAGCGGCGGAGAGCGCGGCGCGGCGGCUCGGCCCCAACACGCCCCGGCUCCUCUGUCUGGCACGCCCCCCACGGCCUCUCAUCUGCGGCCCACCUCAGGACUGCCACGACCUGUGGGCCAGAAAGCCCGGUGGUCCCGAAAUGGUGAGAAAACCAAUGCCUCAUUGACCCUCACUAGAGUAAAAUCUUCCAUAUCCCGCGAUGCGGCUUGUAAAACCCUGCUUUACGGUCACCCGGGAAAGGAGGAGUCCUUUUUCCAUAGAAACAAGUUAAAAAAACAAUAAAACAGAACAACAACAACAAAAACCUUUGCAUUCCCCAAGGACUGGAUUUUAAUUGCUUUGCAUCUGGAAUGGCUGUGAUUCAGCGUCCCCCUUGUCAGCAGCAGGCAAUGAAAGAGGCAGGAGAGGAAAACACUGCGAAUGAAUCAGACGGAAGCACCCAGAGGGAGUGAAGGAGGUGAACAGAGUGCACCAGAACUGGUACAGAAGUGGGACAAAGCUGUGGAUGGUUUACCUCCAGCAACUUCAGGGAUGUUCCUUCUCCCUGCCCUGGCUCUUCACCAUUCCCAGACCUUCUGCUGCAAACACCAUGUCAGACUGAUGGAAAAUUUGUUGGCAACUGAGAAUGGAUCAUCAAGUUAAUAAAGAAGCUGCAGACUGGUGGCUGCUGUGGUUGCUACAAGUGAUUUGAAAAACAUUCAUCAAGAUUUCAUCAUAGAAAAGUGCAAAAGAUAUUUUGUUAAAGGCAUUUUGAGAGAUGAGAGGCUGGAUGCCCACUCUGAAGUACCAUCCUAUCCCCCAGGAAAAACCUUAAAUUAAGGAUCCCAGAGACUCCGUACAAGCAACAAUACAGAAAAAUUCAAGAAGCCAGUGCCACAGAGGUGAAUUGAAUCCAGAAAGAAAUGGCAGUUGCCUACAAUCAAAAAUUUCUGGAGUUACAAAUGCAUUUAAACAAUGAUCAAGUCAUGCUGCAACAAGCACGGAGAACAAAUGAACAACUGCAGCAAGAAAUUGCUAAGCUUGGGUCUGAAAUUUCAGCAUUGAAGAAAAAGGAAAGCUGGAUCAAUUUUUUGCAACUUUAAGUGAACUGACCUGACCAAGGUUACCCACAAAAGGGGUGUCAUUUUCACAGACAGAGCUGAAGUAUUUAGACCUGACGAUCUGUACUUCUUCUUCCCACUGUUUCUCCCUCUCAAGGGCAUACACAGUGUUUUGACCCUCUGGAAUGACCCAUUUCUGAGCUCCUCUCUGAAGAGACCAACAAUAGUACACUCAGCAGAAGAGCUGCAGUAGGAGCCCAGGAGGAGAUAAGGGAAUGCUGGGACCAGGGCUCCGGGCUAGAGGGGGAAAAAAGAAUUCUCUCCUAGCCAAGAUGAAAAAGGACCAAGCCAUUCAAGAACCUCUGACAGCCAAACAGAAUGAAGAAUACAAGCAGGAAGAUGACAUGGAGAAACAGUCUCAAAGAGAAAAAUAUGGAAUUUCCACAGAUAUGACACAGCAAUCUUUAGUCCAUUUUUUUCCAAUGAAGACAUCUUCAGAUGCCACAACACUGCCACUAUCACAGUCAUUAUCCUAUGAAAUGCCUCCCAGUUUCUACAUGUCCAGUCCUAAGAUGAGUGGAAUACCUGUAUCAACAACUGGACAAAAGCCUUCUAAAUCUAGUCUAAUGAACCAUUCCAGAACAGAAAACAGCUUUGGAAUCAACAACUUCGUAGCUUCAAAGAAACAGACUUUGUUGGUCCUUGCUCCUGAGACAACUGUGACUGGGGAAGGGGAAGAUUAUUUCCAUUCCCUAUUUGGUGACUCAAAGAAACUUGCACAGACCAGCCGUGCCGAGAAAAGUUGUAAGCACUUUUCUAUGAUUCUUGAAGAAGUGGGCAAAUCUAGAUCCAGUGCUCUUGGAGAUGUUAAAAUAGCUGAAGUGAAUGUCAGGGGUUUAUUUGUGAAGCUUGUUAACUCUUCCACUGACAAAGAACUGGAUAUCGGAGAUCAUGUUCUCCAGCAGCAUGUUAAUGGCCAGGCAAUUUCUUCUUACCGAUUUGUUGCAAAUGUUAUAAUGCAGGCCAAUUCCUCUGUAACAGUGUGGGCGGCAGCAUCUGAGGCAAAGCAUCAACCUCCAUCAAAUUUUCUUUGGAAGGAACAAAAUAAGUUUAUAGCAAGUCCAAAUUGUACAACAAUCCUAUGCAAACCUAAUGGUGAAGCUAUUGCGUGGUACACUCCUAUUCACUGGAAACAAGCAUGGGAGAAAUUAGAGACCGACAUUGAAUUUGGGAGAUGCUCAGUGUUAACUCCAACAUCUCGAGGGCAAGUAUUCUGGUGGCCAAAAUCUACAACUACGAUAACUGAAGACAAACAAGACAAACAACAGAAAGAUACCUCACAAUGUCAGAUGGAAAAAAUUCAAGUAUUCCUUAAGAGAGAAAAAGAAAUCCCACCAACUCUGAUCCCCCCUUGUAGCCCUUGGUGCCACAGUCCCAGUGUCCCACCACAUCCCUAUUGUUCUCUGGUUGAUCCACACAAUGUACAUACUGUCAAAAGCUACCGGAACAGACAGCCCAGACUGCAAUUAGCCAAGUCUGCUCCAGCUUCAGGGACCAGCAAAAUCAUUAUACUAGACAAAGGAUAUAUGAAUCCCAAAACCCACAAGCCAACACCUCAACCUUCAAUGGACAUGAAUAUCAAAAUCUGGAGAGCACAAGAAUGCCCAGUAUGUCUCAUGCAGUCCUCUUCACACAAGAAAGGAAACCAGCAGCAAGCAAGAAAAUAGUUCCUUUUAGAAAAGAUCAUUUCUUAGGACUUGACUGUAAUCAUUUCUUAAAGAAUGAGAUAAAGGUUGUGGACAAUUUAAAGUAUUUGUUUUUUAAGCAGUUGGGAAGGAAAGCAUUGGUCAAAAGAUAAACCGGCAGUCUUGACUAUACAAAUGAAGUGCCUCAAUCCCUAAUUUCAGCCAGCUCUUAGGUCUACAACUCCUGCUCUUUCUGCAGUUGCAUUUUCAAAAAGCACAUUGUGUCAGGAAUUCUGAAUCUUGUGAUACUGUCUGACUCUACACUCAGAGUCUGUCUCCACACUCAGAGUCUGUCUCCAUGAAGCAUGGAUUAAUUCCACUUCCUAAUGACUGGAAUUAAUUGCUGAAGGUUCUAUGGUAUAACUAGUUGGGUGUUUUUAACCUUGCCUACACUUUUCACAAAUUCAUCCAAAAUAGUCUCACCUUCCACUUUGUGAUACUGGGUAGGAAAUCCCAUGGAUGGGAAAUGCCAAAGGGACAAAAAAGUUUAAAUAAAAUAAUCUGAUGAAGCUAGUUUUUUUUAUUUUUAUUAUUCUCACUCCUUACACUAUAGAUAUCUUCUUCUAUAUGUAUUAUGAGUAUUGAAGUUGAGAAAAUAAUGGAAUAUGUCUAUUAUUGAUGU